AUGGCAAACAGCAGCUCGACCUCACCGGAGAUCACGUCGAGAUGUGUCAGGAUCUGGGAGCAGACCGAAACGCUGAAUUUCGAGAUGACCAGUUACCUGCAGCUUAAGGGCAUGGGUGUCGGCCAGUUCGUUGCUUCGCCCGCCCUUGAAGUCGGCGGCUACAGUUGGGACAUCAUGUUCUACCCGGGUGGGGCCGAGGAGGACUGUGGCGACCACGCCUCGGCGUUUCUCUACUGUCACAGCAAGGACACGGAUCCGGGUGUGACCGGCAGCUUCACGCUGAGCAUCCGAGAGAAAAGGAGCCAGGCAAACGUAGCCAGCUUCGAUGCGGUGAGGCGCGUCUUCGCUGCAAAUUUGCCAUGUGGCCACCACAAAUUCGUGGAGAGGUCCAAGCUGGAAGCGCUGUCGCAACUCGGGGACGGCUGCUUCACCAUACGGUGUGUCCUCACCGUCGUCACCGACGAGUCGCCCUUUCCGGAGCUGCCCAGCCAACUGUCCAGCAACCUCGAGGGCAUGCUCGAGGACGGGAGAGGCGCCGACGUCUCGUUCCGCGUGGGCAGCCACAAGUUCCUCGGGCACAGGUGCGUUCUGGCCGCGCAGUCGCCGGUGUUCAGAGCUCAAUUCUAUGGCCCCAUGGCGGAGAAGGACAAGCCGCGCGUCAAGGUCGUCGGCGUGGAGCCAGCCAUCUUCCAGAUGAUGCUUCGCUACCUUUAUACAGACAAGCUGCCGCCGCCGCCCGCUGAAGGCUACAGCGUCGCAGCGAUGCAGCACCUGAUGGUCGCGGCAGACAUGUAUGGGCUGGAGAGGCUGAAGCUCAUGUGUGAAGAUGAGCUGUGCAAGACUAUGGAUGCCGCGACCGUUAUGAGCACGUACGAGCUGGCGAAUCAGCACCACUGUAAUCGACUCAAGGAUGCGUGCGUAGAAUUUAUGUCGUCAAAAGAAGUGUUGGCCGCCAUCCUCGAGACCUACGUGAGCUUCAUGAUACGUUGCCGACCAUUGCCAUUGGAGGGGGGUCAUGAAGAGGAAGAAGUUGAUCACAGCAGGAAAUUCAAAAGGACUCGUACAAAAUAG